AUGAGCUACAACCUCGCUGCACCCUCUACGUUCUCUAGUGAAACUGGUUCCUUUUCAGGAGCAGGCGACUCUGGAAGAAAGGACCAUCGCACCAUUGCCGCACUACCCGAAAUGCCAGAGGUUCGCUAUAUCCAAAUCCCCAAUCCCGCAUAUGUCCCGGCUUCCAAGAGAGAUUCAUCCCAUCCUGGAAAGCGCAAGUCUCGAAAAAAAAUCCCUCACACUAUUACUACUGCAAUUUAUGAGCCACGGCCGUCUACUGAUCUUCCCCCAGUUCCAAAAGUAGACGACGGCCAGGUAGUGUCGUACGUGCGCCAGCUAAUGAAGGGCUAUGAUAUGACGUGGGAUGAGGUUGUGGAAAUGCUUGUCGCACUGCAUGGUAGUCUCGAGCGUGCCGUGUGGUCAAAUGAGAUGGGUGAGGCUGAAGCCAAAGAGAGGCUCAAUCGGUUGAACGCGCCUCCAGAUGGAGUGGAAUUUGGUGCCAUCGGUCGUAAACCCAAGCCCGGAGAAGAGGUGACUGCCACGUGA